UUCAAAACAGGAGAAAUUCUCCCGCAGGUGAACUCUCCCGCUGGAGUUCGCCAGUAUCACAUGUGGGAAGAAACCUCCAGUGGGAGAUUUUCAAAACGCUUAUUUUCAGGUCUAAUAUAGAAAAAACACGACAGUAAAGACUAAGAAAUACUUACCAGUGAUAAACAAUGAAUUUCAGAAAUUUUGUUAAAACCCAAUGGGGUAUUUCUCCCGCAAUUCUUAAAGUGGGAGGAAACCUCCGAUUGGACCUCCAAUAGGAUAGCGAAAACCCCGCGGGAGAAAAAAAUACUCCCAUGGGAGGACCAACUUUGAAGCCGUCCCAAAAGUUCGUUGUUUGAGAUAUUUGAAAGGAAAUGGCCAAUUAUUUCUCUAUGAGACCCGAACUAUUGUUAGGUGUCAACAGAUCACAUAAAAAUCAAAGAUAAAAGGUAGCUGAGUUUGCGAAAAUUCCGGAUUUGCAAACUAAAUCCGGAGACUGUUAUAUCAGGUGAAUGUGCUCAUGUACUAGCAGUUGUGCUAAAGCUGACAGACUGGGUGCUUGAGGGACUGCAGGAUGUACCGAGCCAGCCGGCUUGUACUGAAGUUGCACAGCAGUGGGACAAACCACGAGGGGCGAAGAUAGCAGCAGAGGCUGUAUCUGAGAUGGUUGUCUGCAAGUCAUACAACACCGACAGGAAACGUAAACCGCUAACGGCUAUUUUCACAGGCAACAGGUACUUAAUUUCUGAAACUUUUUCAAAUGUGCACCGGCUUUUAUUCUGUCAAUUUUUCAGGUUUGACAAGUCCAUAGUGGGAAACUGACAGGGAGAUCAAAACUUUGUUUUUUACUUAAAAUUACAGGCAGCAGAUAUAUAACAUAGUGAAGAAACAGCAGCCUCAAAGCAUAAUAAAGAAACUAAAUUUUAAUAUUAAACAUACUUUAUUUCAGAGUAAAAAAAAACAACAACAAAUAUUGAAUACAGUUACAAGUCCAGAAUUAAUUUUGAUACCUUUGAAAGCAUAAUUUUCAGUAAUCAAACAUUUUUACCUUUAAGGAACAUUACAUAUGUUUACCUCAAUACAAAUUUUGAUAUUUGUGUAUACAUGUUUUAUUUCACAUUGCAGGAAAAUCAGCCUACUAGAUAGUGAUAUACAGUUACUGCAUUCACUAGAUGACUCUCCACUAAGUUAUUUGGCAUGCACACCCUUCCAGACAGUUGUCACAGAUCAUGGCCCACAGAAUGUUGGCAGUACACUAGCACACCAGUUACAACUGAUCCAACCAAUGGAAGGACCGGCGGCAAACACAGUGCCCUAUGGAAAUCUGCAGUUCCCCUUUUCGCCAACAUUAACAAACAUUGAUAUCACUAAUGAUUACCGUGAACAAUUCAAAUGCGUUUCUAUAACCAAAGACGAAGCAAUUGUAAUGGAGAUAAAUACAAGAGAGCAGUCUGAAAGUGAAAGCUGGUUUUCAGAAAGAAUAAAGAGAAUAACUGCUUCAAAUUUUGGAAGACUAAUGCUGAGAAAGUCAGCCGUCACAAAGAAAUUAAUUGACAGUAUUCAAAAACCUAAGAAAUUUACGUCAGCAUCUACCAGCUAUGGUUCGGCAAACGAAAGAGUUGCAAAGAAAUAAUACCGAAAACAGACAAAAAAUCACGUCCGUGAGUGCGGAUUUAUUGUGAAUCCAAAGUGUCCAUGUGUUGGAGCAACACCGGACGGUAAAAUAUGUGACAAUGGUACAUCGGGUAUUUUGGAAGUGAAAUGUCCAUUUUCCAUUAGAGACAGUAAAAUUCUGGACAUUGUUAAUUCUGAAGUGCCACGUCCAGAUUUCUUUUUAAAAUACAAUGGAGAUAAUAUAAAUAUUAAAAAAACCCAUGCAUAUUGGUUUCAAGUUCAAGGACAGUUGCUUGUGACAGGAGCAAAAUUUUGUGACUUUGUCACUUAUACACGCCAGUACUUGCACAUAUUACGGGAUUAUCCUUAUCAGCUAACUAUGGAAAACAUUUUAUCUAAGAUGUGCCAUCUUUUUAGUAAAUUCAUGUGUUGAAUAGAAUGAUCACAUACAUAUCUUUGUGAAUGGUUCCAGUUUGCGUUUCAGUUGACUGACCCCUGUAGACAUUUUCAUCAGUGAUGCUAGAAAAAAGUAACAAUUUUGAUGAGUGACACGUGUAUGUUAUAUAUUUCAAUGUGUAUUAUUCUUCAGUGUUGUAUUACAGAAAAUAAUUAAAAAUAUAUAGAUUAUAAUAACUCUUGAAAUUAAACGUAU